UUUUCAUAAUGAAGAACUGAUAUGGUUAAUUAACAUUUUGAUUUAUAUAUAAUGAAAAUAUUCUUUGUUAGUAUGGAAUUCCUGUUCAGAAGGGUACAGAUCUGAUGGAGAGAACAGACAUUCAUAUACAUUUUCCUGCUGGUGCUGUUGGUAAAGAUGGGCCUUCUGCUGGAGUAACUAUUGUUACUGCUUUAAUAUCAUUGUUUACAGGAAGAUUAGUAUCAUCUGGUCUUGCUAUGACAGGAGAAAUAACUUUAUUAGGAUUAGUUUUACCAGUUGGUGGAAUUAAAGAAAAAAUAUUAGCUGCACACAGAACUGGAAUGAAGCAUGUUAUAUUACCAAAGAAAAACGAAAAAGACCUUUCAGAAAUUCCUUCUACCACUUUAGCUGACUUAACCAUCCAUUCUGUCUCUUGUGUUGAUGAUGUCUUGCAAGUAGCUUUCCAAGGAGGAUUUCCAGAUUUGGGGAAAGUGAGAUCUAUCACUAAACUUUAAAAAUAAAGAGAGAAUUCCUGGUUGAACA